CCAACCAGGUUGACUCGCUGGAGUGCAUUUUCUGCAUUCUUAAUAGAUAGCUAGCAGGAAACGCCUUGCACAACCCCAGCUAGAGGGGUAGAAAAUCGCAGAGGGAGGGUACACAUCCCCAGAUCCUGCUUCCACAGUUGUUGAGCUACUCCAAAACCGGAGGAGGAUUUUGCUGUCUCAGGUAACUGCUGAGAAUUAAGCUAUCUCCUGUGUCACUCACUCACAAUGGAAGACAUGAGGAAGACUGGUGUCCGCAUUCCCCAAAGCAGCCAAAAACCAGUGAAGACAGAAUGGGAUGCCCGGUCCGUCGUUUUUACCUACUUCCAAGGGGACAUCAGCAGUGUGGUGGAUGAGCACUUCUCCAGAGCUCUGAGCAAGCUCAAGAGGCCCCAGGGAUGGAGUUCCUUGAGCCAGGGUGACAAUGUGAUCCUCAGGAAUGAUAGCAGCAUGCCCCCGAAUCAGUGGCGUCUCACUUCUUCUUGGACAAAGGCACGGCCAGAAGCAUCUCUUGGAAAUGGUGCCAGCAGCAGCAGCAGCAGCAGCAGGAGCAGCAGCAGCAGCAGCAGCAGCUUGCAUGAAUAUGGUCCUAAGGCUAUAGAUCAGUACCCGCUGUCUAUGCCCAAGGCCCCCUCUGCACAUCCUCAAGAGAUGUGUCAUUUUUCCUCCCAAGAGAGGCCAGACUUCCUAGGGCCUGCUUACUCUCGUGCCUUUCCUGACAGGCAUCCGGCUCCAGAGGUCUACCCUGAUGGGAGACGUGGGUCCUUCCUACAUUUACUCCAGCAGGAUAGAUACCUAAACCGUCCUCUGGAACCUGCAACCAGGAAGAAUGGCAACCCCGCCAAGAUAGCCGGAAGCACAGGAUUGCUCACCAACCUGCCUCCCAACUCAGACCACUACAAGAAAAUCUAUGGUCAUGGAUCUGCCAGUUCCAGUCUUGGCAAUGAAAGAAGCCGGUCUCCAGAGAGAAGAAGAGACUUCUACUUUUAUUAGCCUCAGUUGAAAGAACAGAAUUUCUCUCUGCGCAGCAUGAGCAUGCUUUUCUACUGUGGAUCCAGAAGUCCUAGAAGCAUUGCUGCUGCUUUCUGUCUCUGCUACUAAGCAAUACCAAAUCAGGCACAAGUCGCUGCUCUCUUUUAAAUUUGGCUCUGCUUUUCCUUAGAAACUGUGCCCGAUGGCAGGGGUUUUCAAACAUAAGCAAAUUCUCAGCUUAUAAAAUGUAGGAAAGAGCUGUUGUGGGGUAGAAUGCACAGAGAUUCACCUGCUGUUCGUUGUUUGGCCUCACUGUGUCUAUUGCUCUUUUCCUUAGAAGCCAUGGGCUCUCAGGUUCCCAAGCAGUGUCCUUUAAACCAAACCUGGGCCCAUGGGCUUUUACAAGGCUGUUUGGCUUUUCUGACUAAAUCAAGGGACCCAAACAGCCCAAGAAUGUUCCAGCUUCAACCAGACUGCAGUCAACCUUGCUCCUGCCUCAGAGAAAAGACAAAUAAAAAUGAGAACUA